AUGCGCGCAUCCAGCUUCGUGAACUUACCGGCCGAAUUACAUAUCCUCAUCAGCCAACAACUCACAUACCCCGACGCCCUCUCUCUGAAACACGCCAACCGGUACUUCUACCACCUAGUGGACACCGGCCUCAAGCUCAAGGUGGACUGGUUGAUCGAGCGCCGAAGUCUGCAUCUGGAAUGUCCAAACGACCGCUGCUGUGAUCUGGGGAGCGACUUGAAGUUCUGCAGAGGCAGCGUUAGACUACUUAUGCAACGACGCCGCGAACACUUCGAAUGCGAAUCCCGCCCCGGCUUGGGAUGUCUUGUCUACGGGACGAAGCGCUGUGCGCAUCGACAGCAGCCUGGAUUCUGGAUUAAGCGAUGGCUGCGUCUCCGUGUGUCCAUCGAGCUAUGGUGGGCUAUCGUAGUCAUGGCUCCUGUUUUGUUCGCAUUCCUGUGGAUGAUAGACCUUGCAGCUUGGCGCGUGAAGGGUGCGAUGGAAACUACUCUGGUCAGUUAG